AAUUUUCUCCUUAUUUAUGAAUUUGAGUGGAUAGUUCCGAAGAAUUAUGGUCACUCUUCAAGCAGCUUCAGCACAGCACAGUCUCCGCUACGCUAGAACCUUCGUUCUCUCUUACGCGAGCACCUCCAGACCGCCGCACUGCCAGCACCAGCACACUCUAGCGGUCGUUUGUCUCUCGUUGUCUGUCCCUCUCUUCUUAUCUGUAGGUCUAACUUCAUGUAAGAUAGAACAGCUUCAACCAGGAGAGAAAAGUCGCUCCUGACGGCUUUUCUCUACUGUUUUCUGUCUCUUUUUGCCAUAUUCUCUCCGUCGGAAGUCUCAAGCAUCUGCUUCUACCCAGUCGAAGCCACUGCAAAGUCGUACCGACGCUCUAGAGCCAAAAAGCUCACAAAAACAUGGAGCUCAGCUACCCGCUCGUGCGCGUGCCCUUCGAGGGCGCCAGCAAGAGCUUCCGUCUGUACCACAAGCAACUGACGCGCGAGUUGGCACAGGCCGCAGCUCAGAUCGAGGCGCUGGACGACGGCGACGGGCAGCACCCAGGCCAUCGCAUGGACGUCGAGGUGGCUAUCAAGAAGCUCGCGGAGCUGGCGGAGAAGCUCCGGGACUUGAAGAAAAGCGCCAAGAAUAAUGUAAUCGAGCAGCAGACUGAUCUACAGAGUUGUGCCACGCGCACACGGUACCUUGAGAGCCUUAAAGAGGCAAAGAUCGGGGGUGACCCCUCACUAUUGUGCCACCAGACGGGGUCGCUCAACGACAGACUUAUCGCCGACUUCUUACUGGGUCAAGGAUACCUUGAGAGUGCCAAGAUCAUCGAAGAAACCAAAGAUGUCGGCCAUUUGGUGGAUCACGAGCUUCAUUCCGAGUGUCAAGCGGUGCUAAAGGACCUGCAGGCUCAUCACACAGAUAAGGCGAUUGCAUGGUGCUCGCAGAAUGGCUCACGGCUGCGACGACUGCAGUCUUCACUGGAAUUUCACCUUCGACUGCAGGAUUUCAUCGAAUUUGUACGCGCUCACAAGCCUUUAGAGGCUGUCCAACAUGCACGCACAUAUUUGACCCCGCUCGCAAUGCAGCCAGAGAAGCAGAGUCUUCGUGAUGCUGCUAUUGGUGAAGUGCAGAUCGCUAUGGCGACACUGGCGUUCGAGUCGCCCGAAAAAUGCGGCAUUGAAGCGUACGAGAAGGUCUUUGCAAUGGACAGAUGGCUGACACUGGAGAAAAUGUUUCGCAAAGCAUUCAAUGACGUCUAUGGGAUGCACGAUCCGCCGUCGCUGUGUAUCGCGCUGCACGCCGGACUGUCUACACUGAAUACUCGGGCGUGCCAUCUCACUCGAGACGCCAAUUUGAAGGCGAGACUUGCACAAAGUGGAGCACGAGGCAAGCGACAACGUCGAGAAGGUGAAGAAGCUGGUGAUGACAAUGGAGACAGCGAAGAUGAGAGCGAGGAAUGGUUCAAGUCCCUUACUGCAUCUGAGAAGGACGACUCUGCUAACAGCAAGAAGCGCAAAUAUUCGCGUGCGGAGUUACCAGUGCCGAUCUGUCCAGCUUGCAGCGAAGUGGGGAGCCAAUUAUGCACGGGACUGCCGUUCGCGUACCACCCACACUCGAGACUGGUGUGUCGCGUAACGCAAAGUGUCAUGGACGAGCACAACCCGCCGCUCGUGCUGCCUAAUGGCCGAGUGUACAGCAAGCGGGGCAUCGAACUCCUCACACAGCGCAGUUCCGACGGCACGAUCAAGUGCGUCGACACCCAAGAUGUAUUCUCACCCACCGACGUCAAGCCCGUCUACAUUCUCUAACACGCCCCAAAGGAAGUUGAUAUUCGUGUCACUUAAUAAAGUCAUCACCCAGAAACCUUUGCAUUGAUCGCUCGCUAAGUACAAAAUGCCAUCAGAUGCGCUUUCCCAGUUGAACAUUUACGCCGAAGAAGACUCGACUGUUGGCAACACACGGGGUGCAAAAGCCCCCGAGUGCUGUAAAUUUUCUGUUACAGUUUGCAUAAAGUCCUGCUCGUAAUACAUCGUCAGUAUGAUGCGAGGUAAAACUUCAUAUCGCCACAAGUCUCACCUGCGCGACUUUCUCGUUGGAUUUCUUCACUCCUUCCGCAAGAAGCACGAGGUAAAUGGCCUCGUCUACCCUUGAAAUGUGAUACGUUGUCUUCUGUCUUCGCUCUGAGUGC